AUGGGUGUGCCGUCGGCAACGUCAUCCUCGGGGGGGGCUGAUGGUCGAGUUGGCAAAGAAUUGAAGGGCUUCGGCCGGGUUAUAUUAAGAAUGCGGACUGUUCUCAGGCACUCUGGCCAACCUUUCUCCAAACGAACGUCUAAAGUUCCACCAGUUCAACCGUCUCAGGCGCCUUCCAAUAUGCCUGUGCUCUCAAGGUAUAUACAACGCGCAACUGACCCGACGGAUGCCUAUCGUUCGAAUACUAAACGUCUACACAGCAAGGCUUCUUCGGAGGCUGGCACCUCCCAGAAGUCCCAGUGUGAGAAUGCGACAAGAGUGCCCAGGGCGCAAAUCCACGAAGAACGGGCCAAAAAACUCGAAGCCAGGUUCGGUUUGGAGAUCAAGCCCAGCGAGUGGCACUCCCUCGAGGGCGACGUCCUCCGGGUAGAGACGCCAGUUCGAGUUCGCGUGCAUCGGGAAUGCCAUCGCUGCCACAAGGCGUUCGGCGUGAGCAACGAAUGCGUCGCCUGCGGCCACAAAUGCUGCAAGCAGUGCAUCCGGUACCCUCCCAAGCGAACCGAGUCUGAGAAGGCCGCCGACCGGGAAAAGAUCACGGCCAUGGCCCAGAGAGAGAUGGAACUAGCGCCUAUCAUUCCGCACUACGGCCUCGCCCCACCCGUCCAGGUAACCCGCCCAGGACCGAAUGGUGGACAGGACCGGGUUUACAAGCCGGCGCGGAUGCGGCCCCGGAGAUACUGUCAUGAGUGCGGCACCAUCUUUCAUCUUUCUUCGGUGUGCCAGAAGUGUAACCACAAGCGUUGUGGGGACUGCCCACGAGAUCCUGCGAGUAAGGAUAAGUACCCCUACGGAUAUCCCGGUGAUGAUCCGGGUGCAAAUACCCCUACACUGCACUCCUGUCACGAGUGCCGCAGGAAAUUUCCAUUGAACGCGAAGGAUGGAGCCGACUGUUCCAAGUGCGGACACAAGAAGUGUGCGGAAUGCCCGAGACUUACUCCCAAGAGGUCCAUAACUCGACAUGAUCCGGCGGAGCUAAAAGGUUUACAGGAACAGUUGCGAGGCAUUUCGUUAGGCGAAACCAUGGAAUAA